UCCUGGAACCGUUUCCUUUUAUCCCUCAAUCAGUUCCUGCGUAUCUCGCAAUUGCCCGUUCCAUCCUCUCGUGACCAGCAGGCGGCGAACAGGCGAACUGCAGGCGGUGAGGUGGAUCUUUCCUCUCGUGAUCUCCGGCGAUCGCCGGUGAAACAGGUGGCGGCAGAUGGCAACAGAGAUGUGGACGCUGAGGUAUAUUUGUCAUGAUCGUGGACGAAGGAAUCCUGAACCAGAGAUGAUUGAUAGGGACUACAUCAAUUUUUUUGACAUUAAAGAGAGAAUGAAGGAGUUGGGAUUCAACCAAUCUGACAGUGUGUAUUACAAUAGGAGGGGGGUCAAGAAGGGGCAAUUUAUGAUUGAGUUGACCAAUGAUGCUUGUGUCAUGAAGAUGCUAGAAGAGUUUUCGUCAACUAAGGAAGUUGAUCUACAUGUUUUCAAAACAAGGAACACAUGAGUAAAUCCUGCUGCAGCAGUUGUUCCAGUGGCAGAGAAUAAUGGUGCUGAAUAUAGGGAGAAGGGGAAGGCAGUUGUGCAACAUAUUUCUGAAAUAGUUGACAUAAUUUCAGAUGAUGAGAUGCUUUCAGAGCAAGAGAUGGUAUCAGAGGAUGAUGUUAUGUCAGAGGAUCAACACUUGGAGCAUGAUGUGGAGUACAAUGUUGAGAUCAUGUCAGAUGCGGAGUACAAUAGGGCUGAAUAUUGGCAGCAGUUGUAUGGGCAAGAUGGGGGGAGUGAUUCUAGUGAUGAAGACUUUGAUAUUGUUGCGGAGACAGAGAAGAUGAGAGCAUUGUAUGCGAAGAAGAAAAAGCAAGAGCUGGCAUCUAAGGGCAUUUAUUCAGAUGAUGAAAUAGAAGAUUUGUUUGAUUGUUCAGCAGAUUUUGAUGGGAUAGAUAUUGAUGACGUUGCUCUUACUCCAACACAAUUGGAGAAGGAGAUGAGUUUUGGCAAGGCAGAGGAUGCUAGACAGAGAAGGGAGAAAGCAAAUAAAAGAUUGGCUUUGGUGAAAGCAAGGGGGAAGAAAAAGACAGGUACAAAUGACAUGGAUCUCUCUGACCCUCCAAGUUCAGAUGGUGGCGAUGAUCCAUGGAGUGAUGACAAUGAGCCACAAAGAUCUAUUGUACUCAUUGACAAGGAACCAGGAAGAAAGAGGAGAAUGCCUAAGAGAUUGUUGCUGCCAAGAUUAGAGUUUGAUGAUGCUUUCAUGCAUGAUAGUAAUCUGAUACCAGAACAGAUGAUUAAAGGCAUGUGUUUCAAAGAUGUGAGAGAAUUUAAGAGAGCCCUGCAAUCAUUUCAUAUUCUACAAGGAAGAAGUUUUGCUUUUACAAAGAACAAGGCAUAUAAGGUGAAGGUCCAUUGCCCACAACCAAACUGCAAUUUCCUAAUCUUUGCAUCAAAGAUUUCUGGUGAACCAACUUUCCUGAUACGAGAUGAUGUGGAGCCCCAUUCAUGUGGAAUUACCAGGGAGCAUAGCAGGAUAAAAUCAACUUGGUUAGCUUCCAAGUAUGAAAACCAGUUUAGAGCUGACCCAAAUUGGAGGUUGGAUGCUUUCAUGGAGGCUGUGAAGAGAGAUCUGAACUUUGAGAUAACAAAGAGGAUGGCUUAUAGAGCUAAAGCUUGCGCUCAAAGGAAGGUUUUAGGGGAUCAAGACAAGCAGUACCUUAGAAUAAGGGACUACAUGCAAACAUUGUUGAAUAAGAAUCCUGGGAGCAAAGCAGUGGUAGACACUGAACCAAGGCUUGAGCAGCAUCUGAAUCCAAGAUUUAAUGGUCUAUUUAUUAGUUUCAAUGCCCAAAUCAAGGGAUUCUUGGCAGGUUGUAGACCUUUCUUUGGUUUAGAUGGAUGUUUUGUGAAGCUAGCUAAUGGAUCACAGGUUCUGGCAGCAAGUGCUAGGGAUGGAAACAACAACAUGUUUCCUUUAGCCUUUGGUGUAGUCAACAAGGAGGACACAGAUAAUUGGACUUGGUUCCUGCAGACUCUGGAGUCGACAAUUGGACAAGGUGAACAACAUGGUGGAUGGACAAUUAUGUCUGAUAGACAGAAGGGCUUACUUGCAGCUGUGAGAGCAGUGUUUCCAAGGUGUGAUCACAGGUUUUGCAAAAGACAUGUUCUUGCAAAUUUCUCUACAGCUGGUUUCAAAGGUGGCCUUAUAUGCAUGCACAGUGAGUGAGUACAACAUUGCAAUGGAGAAUCUCAAAACUUUUGAUGAAGACGCAUGGAAGUGGGUGAAAGAAAGUCCCAAGGAGCAUAUUAGUAGGCAUGCUUUUAGUACCAAGUCAAAGACAGAUCUAGUUGUUAACAACCUUAGUGAGGUUUUUAACAAAUAUAUUCUUGACUAUAGAGAUAAACCUAUUGUUACCAUGUUAGAACUUAUCAGAACUAGAUUGAUGACUAGGUUGUGCCUAAAGAAAAGUGGGGUUGAGACAGUCGGCUGGGAUAUCACACCAGUUAUGGGUGAGAAGCUUGAGUCAGCUAAGGCCAAAGCAAAGUAUAGCACUGCUUACCAAUGUGGUGUUGGGAUUUGGCAAGUGAACUGUGCAGAGAAGACUUAUGAAGUUAAUCUGCUUAGGAGAACAUGUGGUUGCUUCAGAUUUCAGCUUUGUGGAGUGCCUUGUGAGCAUGCUUGUGCUGCCAUUUUCAAGGCAAAGGAGAAGCCAGAGGACUAUGUGGAGAAAUUCUUCAGCAAAGACACAUACAAGGCAGCUUAUGCUGAGAUGAUUUUCCCUGUUCCACAUGAGACAGAGUGGAUUAAAACUAAUAGCCCUGACAUUGAUCCACCAAGAUACACCAUACCGGCUGGAAGACCAAGAAAAAAUAGGAGGAAAGGUGCAGAUGAGGAUGGCCCAGCUUACUCUAGAGCAAGAAAAGGAAAAGUUCAGUGUGGCAAUUGUAGAGGUAUUGGACAUAAUAUGAGGGGAUGCACAAAACCUAUGAGAUCAUAUCUUGCUUUGAGGAGGAAUAAACAUGUGCCUUUGACAGCUCGCACCCAAGAAAGCUAUGUAAAUGUUGAUGGCAAUGCAAAGAGACCAAACAACUCACCACCUACUGCUCCAAGUACAAGUACAAGGGGAAGGAGCAAUGCUAUGACUAAGGCUGCUGCUUCUAAUUCAAAGGCUGCAACUGCUCCAAAUGUUAGUUCUGCACGUGCUGCUCCAAGUACAAGUACAAGGGGAAGGGGCAAUGCUACGACUAAGGCUGCUGCUUCUAAUUCAAAGGCUGCAGCUGCUCCAAAUGUUAGUUCUGCACCUGCUGCUCCAAGUACAAGUACAAGGGGAAGGGGCAAUGCCAAUGCUGCAAAUGGGACUGGUAUUGGUAGGACAAGUGCACCAGCAACUUCAGGUACUAGUGUUCCAGCUAGGGGCAGGGGUAAGGGCAAGGCAGCAAUGCAAAUAAAUGAAUCACAAGCAUCAUCUUCAAAUGCAAAUGCUGAAAGAGGAGGAAGAAGACCUGCCCACAGUGUGGAUGCAGGGAACAAAGCUUUUGGAAGAUCGAGUAGUGGAAGGAAAACCUCUUGGUUCACAAUUGGAGCAAAUGCAGCAGCUAGAGAUGCAGCUAUGAAGAAGUGAGGAAUUGAUUGCCUUGUGUCUCUAUUUGCUGCGAUGUUUAAAUAAUUACAACUUGCUAUAUUUUGUCUGUGUGAUGAACAUGUAAUGCACUAUGUGAGAUGUGGUGUUGGGAAUCAUGUUAAGAUAUGAAGUAUUAGUGUUCUGGAUAAUAUAUGCAUUGCCUAUUUAAAACUGUU